AUCCGGUCCAUCUCCUCGACCACCAAUACCCCGAAGGAAAAAAAAGAGAAAAAAAAGAGUAACUCAAGAUUCACUACACUCAAAUCAAAAGUUAAAAUGUGCAUGCAAGCGACCUGCGCUACCUGCGGUAAAUCCUCCCUCCAGCCCAGUGCUCAAGGUAGUGUGCUAACGGGAAUGGAAUAAUACGAUAGGCGGCAAAAGCUGGCGUGGAUGCGGUCAACAUAUUCCCCGCGUCCUCGACAGCGUCCCCGUCGAGGAGUGGUGUAGUUGCCAGAAGCCGGAGGGGAGCAAGUACCCACCUAAGGCUCAAUAAGGGACAUGCAGGGAUAACGGAGUAGUUUAUGUCCAUGGCUCCGAGAGGAGGAGCGGGAGUGCAGUGAUUGGCUUUGUCGAGCUGGUGCUCGUUUAUCCCGGGCGUGUUAUGGCGAGCGGUUGCUGGUAUUGUGUAUGUGCGUGCGUGCAAUGCUGGUACGGGGGUUAUCUCUGCUUUUGCGGGCGAAUUGAGAGAGCGAAUUGAUUUCCUAUUUCUUGUUUCCGGUACUUGAGCUCGAUAGUGGACA